GUUAUAAUACUUUAUUUAAUAUUAUUUAACCAUAACUUUACAACUUAUACCCUUAAAAGUUUACGUAUGAAUUUUAGCGUUUUUUUAAUAUAUUCCCUCUACACCUCCGUACCUAUCAAAAACAGCGAUAUUUUAAUUCGAUCUCUUUUAUUUCUUUAUCCAUCCGCCUCCAAUAUCUGUUUGCUGCCGAUUUAUAAAGGUGGGUAGAUUAUCUACCUAGAUUUUACUAAGUUUCUAUCUAUACUUGUAUCCCAGAUAGACGGUACACUACAGACUCCUAACACGGAUUUCUACCGCUUGGGAGGAGAGCUUCCAAUAAUUCAGUCCAUCACUACCUCUCAAGUGCGGGGUUGGAGGCUCUAUUGCAAGGUUGGAAACACUCGGGGUCUCUAUCCAAUAUCCUUUCUCUUAUCAGCAUGGAUUCACAAGUCAAGUACUUGCUCUCUCUCCGCGCUAUUCGAGAACGCGCUAAAAUCGUGGGUAAUAUCGCCAAGUCCGGGGGAUUAAACCAUUUCAACCUACACGAAGACCGACUGGGUGAUGUUGUGGAAUUUGUGACAUCCAUUAUCAAGCGUGAUUUUGGCCCAGACAAAUUCGAUACAAUCCCCCCUCAUGGGCGUUGGCAGCAUUUCGAGGUCGGGAAGAUACCGCGUAUUACAAAUAUGAUACAGGAUUGGAAGAGCUCGAAUUGUGAUGACCUCGAGAUCACUCGACGCUUAAUUGACCUGUUCUUCGUCUCAGUGCUAUUAGAUGCUGGCGCAGGCGAUAAAUGGCGUUAUACUGAGCCCGGAACUGAUCAAAUUUACGAACGAAGUGAAGGCAUCGCGGUAGCUAGUCUUCACAUGUUCAACUCCCUAGCUUUUACCGCCUCGAGAUCCGGAACGAUCCCUAUGGUCGAUGGAAUGGGCUUGGGAGAAAUAACGACGCAUGUACUAACCACGGGCUUUCAAGUGUCCGACGAUAACCCAAUGUCAGGGGUUGAAUCUCGUGCAGCUCUUCUCAGAUGCCUAGGACAGUCCCUACUCUCUCAUCCCGAUAUAUUCGGAACCGAAGGCCGUCCAGGCCACCUCGCUGACUAUAUGGUGAAAUCGGCUGGAAAUUCCCCGAACCUUGACGUCCUUGUUUUCUGGGAUGUCCUUCAGAAUGUUUUGAUUCCUAUUUGGCCUAAGGAUCGGACGACUAUUGACGGGGUUCCCAUCGGUGACUCGUGGCCGUUGAGUACUUUACAGAAACAGGCGUCAACCCCAGACCCCGCUGAUAGUGCAGAAUACAUCCAGCCUUUCCAUAAGCUUACGCAGUGGCUUACUUAUUCGCUGAUGGUCCCGUUUCAGAGGAUAUUAAAGAUGGAAUGGAUCAAUGCUGAAUCGCUAACGGCAUUGGCUGAAUAUCGUAAUGGUGGGCUUUUCGUUGAUUUUGGAGUUCUAUCCCUUAAACAGGAUACACUCAGUCGGGGCUUGAAAGCAUCUGACGGGGAAUUGCCACUCUUCGAUGCAAGCGAUGAUGCCAUAGUUGAAUGGCGCGCUAUGACAUUGGUACUCAUUGACAUUCUGUACAAGAUGAUUUUGUCCCACAUGGGCAAUGGAAUUCACUUAACUUUGGCACAGGUUCUUGAGGCUGGGACUUGGAAAUCAGGGCGCGAGAUCGCGGCACAACGCCGCCCGGACACGAAAUCAAGCCCCAUCCUUAUCAAAAGUGAUGGUACUGUGUUUUAAGGAGGAAUGUAUAUAUGUAAUAUGGCGUUGUAGAAGCUACGUGCGGCCUGACAUAUAGACAUAUAAUGGUACAACUAUGACGAAAAUUCAAGCUUUGAUUAUUUCCCUUUG